AGUUUAAAAUUGCACUUGAGUGCGAAAUCAAGCGUUAUGUUGAAACGCAAAUUGAACGCGCAAAAAGAUACUCUGGAGGAUGGGGAGACCAAGAGGUCAAUUCCAAAUGAUGGAAGUAUAUCCGAUUUGUUUGCCCAGCCCCUGCGGAUAAAAUUCUAUAACACCGAAAAAAAGUUAAACGAGGCGCUAGGCAAAUUGACCCCUCCCUCGAAUAUUAAGUGCAUCUACAACCCGGUAGUCUAUGCGUCACAGCUGCAUUGUGAUUAUUUGCGUCGUUAUUUGGAUAGUCCCAAAAAGCUGGUCUUUAUUGGAAUGAAUCCGGGACCAAACGGAAUGGGUCAAACUGGCAUACCCUUUGGCAAUGUGCGCACUGUAAAGGUAUUGAUGCAAUUAUCAGGGCCGGUAGACCAACCCCCUGUCCUUCAUCCCAAACGUCCUGUCUUGGGUUUGGACCACAGGAUCGAGGAGCCAAGUGGUGUUCGUCUGUGGGAACUGUUUUUGCAAUUAGCAGGAAACAUGGAGAUAUUCUCCCAGAAAUGCUUUGUUCAUAAUUUCUGCCCUCUAGCAUUUUUCGACGAAUCGGGCAAGAACAUAACGCCCAGUGAACUGAAGGGUCCUUACAAAAAACAGCUGCGGGAUUUUUGUUUGGAGACCUUAGAGGAGCAAUUGAUUCUACUUAAUCCCAAAGUGGUUGUAGCUGUUGGAGAAUAUGUUCAUGCCUCAUUAAAACAUUCAGCUUACUGCAAAUCUGAUUCCGUUUCUCUGCUCCGGCUGCCGCAUCCAAGUCCCCGAUCUGCGAAAAAUAACAAUUGGCCGGAAAAGGCUCAGAGUUUUCUGGAGGAGAACAACCUAAUCCACUUGAUGCGAAAUGACGCUUAAAGCUUAAUAUGCAUCCGGCUUGCAUUUAUUAACACUUAACAAAGUUAUAUAAAAAUCUGCAAUACUCUAGUCCUUAUUGGCUAAAAAAAACGAAGUACAAAUUUUCUAAUUCGUCAUAGGAAUAUUAAUAAAAAUUGUAAAAAAAAACAAUCAACG